CGGCUUUGGCGCUGGUCUGCCGCCCGCCGGGCGCUGCUGCCGUGAGUCAGGCUCAAAGCGAACGAGACACAGCCCGGGACGGCUCACGGCCGGCACCCAGACCUGUACCCGCACCCAGUCAUCAGCUCUCAGCUGCCUCGUCCUCUUCCUCUUCCUGUCCCCUCCUCCUCCUCCUCCUCCUCUCUGCCACACUGCCGCAGUUCUGCCCAGAUCCCUCUUGCAAAAAGAAUAAAAGCAGUGAACGGGCCUGAGUGUGGAUCCUGUCUAGUCUGAUGGAACAAGUAUCUGCUCUGUGUCACCUGUGAAGGCCUAGGAGCUUAACCAGUUCUGAGCAGGUUGCAACCAUCUUACGGGGAGGGAGGAGAUUUCAUCUUAGAGAUGAUCUGUGGGCAGUGCACAUUGAAGCCAUUUGCGUAGAACUAUGGGCUGUGCCUCAGCCAAGCAUGUCUCUACUGUUCAAAACGAGGAGGAAGCGCAGAAGGGAAAGAACUACCAAAAUGGCGAUGUCAUUGGGGAGGAGUUCAGGAUUAGAACAGUUGAAGAGGUGAAAUACAUGAAGACUGUUAGCCAGGAUGAAUCUGACUGGAGUGAGAAGCGCCAUGCAGGUCAUGAAGAUGAACAAAAAGUUGCUGCCAGGAACCAGGAGAAUCUGGACAGAAGCGCAUUGUCAAACACAAAAGCUAAACUUGGCAAAGAGGCACCAGUUCUAACACAUGCACCUAGAGCAAAUAUUCACACUUCAGACAGUCAACAAGAGUUCUUCAAGAUGCUAGAUGAAAAGAUUGAAAGGGGACGUGACUACUGUUCAGAAGAAGAGGAUGUUACAUAGUGCCAAUACUUUCACAUAAUAUACGACUACCACUGUGUAUAUAGACUAAAGCCAGAUCAGUAUGUUCAAGUUACCACUGCGAAUAAAACUGCAUUGGAGGUGGAAGCCUGUUUGCCAUGGUGUGCUACGUGAUGGGACUAAUGUUUCCUUGCAAACGGUGAUGCAAACAUCCUUGAGGACUAUCAAUGCUCUUUGCUGCUAAUCAUUUCCUUUCUGCAUUCAUUCUUCUCAUGCCCACAAGAAUGGCAACUUUGAGUGUUGCCUCAAACAGCAAGGAAGAAAACAGGUGAUAUAAACAAAACUUCAGAAAUCUGGUUGGUCCUGCAUGGAUCCAGUCGCAUCUGAAAACACAAGUUUUCUCUGAUGAACUUUCGAAACCUGUGAAAGGCCUCUGUCAAAUCUUGUGAAUUUGGUCAACAUGACCACAGAUGGAUGUCCUCCUGUUGAUUCCUUCAAUUGUGUCUGCCACCAGUCAUUGAAUUGUGCAACGAACAGUGAAAAACCUGUACCUUUUAUGAGAACGCAACCUAAUAAGCCAACCAUUAGGCACACACAAUUAAAUAUAAAACUUCUUUUCUCUCUGGAACUGAUAAGCACCUGUUCUAUCCAAAAAUAUAUAUAUAUAUAUAAAAUGCUUUCUGUCUCGGUGCUGGAUAAUAUGGUUGCUUUUAGCAGAUAAUGGUGUUGCCAGAGAUAUUUUGAUUUUUUCUAUUAAUAAAGACAUUGUAGUUUC